CGUCGCUAGUUUUUUGACAGUGACACUGGAUUUGUUGUUCGAAAAGAUUUGCCAAAAAACAUGGAUGCUGCGCAAAGUGCAUGCAACGCGUCCGUCAGCCUGCAAGAUUGCGCGCAAACCAAGUCGAAGGUGCUGAAGAGACAGCGCUCGCGCUCGCCGGAGCUGUUGCGCUGCAAGCGGAGGCUCGCGUUUAACGGGCUGGGAUACAGCAUCCCGCAGCAGCAGCCCGUCGCGGUGGCGCGGCGCAACGAACGCGAGAGGAACCGCGUCAAACAGGUGAAUAUGGGAUUCCAGACGCUGCGCCAGCACGUCCCCAACGGCGCGGCCAAUAAGAAGAUGAGCAAAGUGGAGACGCUCCGCUCCGCGGUGGAGUACAUCCGCGCCUUGCAGCAGCUGUUGGACGAGCACGACGCGAUUUCUGCCGCGUUCCAGUGCGGCGUUCCGUCACCGACGCUCUCCAACGCGUACUCGGCCGAUCCUGAGUCGCCACACUCCUCCUAUUCGUCCGAUGAAGGGAGCUACGAGCACCUGAGCUCUGAAGACCAAGAGCUGCUGGACUUCACAACGUGGUUUGAUCGCUACUGA